AGUUCUGCUUCGGUUUCUCAGUAAACUCACAAGAGCUUCAUCCUAGAGAUUCGAUUUAAAAAUCAAAACUUGCAUCGAAGUUGAACCUUAUUGCUCCCUCCGGUGUUGCGGUCACUUCAGUAAGAGGAGAUACAAUGCGCUUCCCAACUUCGAUAAUCAAUGAACAUCGCCGGUUCUAUUCGUCGUCACGAUCAUGGGUAUCUCCCAUUUGCUUCUCGGAUAAAAUGAAGAAACCAAACUCACCACCCGAAUCCUCAAUCUCACCAUUGGAAACUAACCCCAAAACCAAGUUUAUCUCUCACGCAUCUGCUAUCGAAUUGAUGAGACGAGAGAGAGAUCCUCAGCGUUCGCUUGAUAUAUUUAACAGAGCUUCUCAACAGAAAGGUUUUAACCAUAACAAUGCUACAUACUCUGUUCUUUUGGAUAAUCUCGUUAGGCACAAGAAGUUUCUAGCUGUUGAUGCGAUUCUUCAUCAGAUGAGGUACGAGACUUGUAGGUUCGAGGAAAGUUUGUUUCUUAACCUGAUGAGACAUUUCUCUAGGUUUGAUUUGCAUGAUAAAGUGAUGGACAUGUUUAACUUGAUUCAAGUGAUUGCUCGUGUGAAACCUUCUCUCAAAUCCAUUAGCACUUGUCUCAAUCUCCUUAUCGAUGCAGGGGAGAUUAAUUUGGCCCGGAACCUCCUCUUGUAUGCCAAACAUAACCUUGGAUUGCAGCCAAAUACUUGCAUUUUCAAUAUUCUAGUGAAGCACCACUGCAAGAAUGGGGAUAUUGAUUCUGCAUUUCGAGUUGUGGAGGAGAUGAAAAGAUCUGGAAUUUCGUAUCCCAAUUCGAUUACUUACUCAACCCUUAUGGACUGUCUGUUUGCACACUCGAGGUCCAAAGAAGCGGUGGAAUUGUUCGAGGAUAUGAUCUCAAAAGAAGGGAUUUUGCCAGACCCUGUGACUUUCAACGUUAUGAUUAACGGAUUCUGUCGUUCAGGGGAAGUUAAGAGAGCCGAGAUGAUUUUAGACUUCAUGAAGAAGAAUGGAUGUAACCCAAAUGUAUACAAUUACUCAGCUCUGAUGAAUGGAUUCUGUAAAGAGGGAAAUAUUCAGGAAGCUAAACGAAUCUUUAACGAGGUGAAGGAAGUUGGGCUGAGACUCGACACGGUUGGUUAUACCACAUUGAUGAACUGCCUCUGUAAAAAUGGUGCAAUCGAUGAGGCCAUGAAGUUACUUGGAGAAAUGAAAGCAUCCAGGUGCAGAGUUGAUGCAUUAACUUGUAAUGUAAUACUCAAGGGCUUAUCCAGCGAAGGACGAUCUGAAGAAGCUCUUCAGAUGCUGGAUCAAUGGGGAUGUGAAGGAGUUCAUCUGGACAAAGGUAGUUAUAGGAUCAUACUGAAUGGGUUGUGUCACAAUGGCAAGCUCGAGAAAGCGGUAAAGUUUCUGAGUGUGAUGUCGGAGAGAGGGAUGUGGCCUCACCAUGCGACAUGGAAUGAGUUGGUGGUUCGGCUUUGCGGAUCCGGGAAUGCAGAAAUGGGGGUUCGAGUUCUGAUUGGAUUUCUGAAAAUAGGUCUCCAACCAGAGCCCAGUUCUUGGAGAGCUGUGGUUGAAUCAAGUUGCAGAGAGAGGAAGUUGGUGCAUGUCUUUGAACUUCUUGAUUCUUUAGUUGCUUGAUAAUGCCCUUUAUUGAUAUUGGUUUGGUUACAUAGUUACUCUUCCAACCACUCAUCACUGUACAAAAUCAAGGACAUAAGUUAUUAAUUUGAAGUUGAAGCUAUCAUAAGGGACAAACUUUGACCCUUUUCCCCAAUAUUGGCAACCAAGUCCAUUAGAAAAGGUUUGAAAAGCAAUGCAAGAACAGUUUCUCCGGCAGCUUCCAUGGCAGUCGCUAAGACCAGUGUUCAAACUAUCACCAUCAAAAUAGCCACUAUCCAUCAUGUAUCCUCUUCUUGGUUUGAAAUACUACGACCCUUGCCUACAGGCUGUUGGCUUCUCCGUGAUGCAGAUCGCUGAGCUGUUCUUUGAAUCCGUCUUGCAGGGUUCACUGAUUUCGGAAAUCCAGUUACUGCUAUUGCUGCUGCUGACCACAUUGGUUACAGUGAUUUGGCCUAGAGUAUCCAAGAACCAGCUGGGCAAGACCGAACUGUUACCUUUCUUAAUCGAACUUGAAUUCAUAAUCAAUGUAGCGUCUGGAUAGCUCUAAAGUCAAAUGAGAGCUUCACUGGACCAGUAGAUUUCACAGUGGCGCCAGACGAGUAACUGGUUAGCUCCUGAUCGGUCUAGUCCUAGUCUGAAUGCUCCUGAGACUGGGAACUGGUCACUUAUCCAAGAAGUAACUGAAACUUCUUUCUUGGUUCUUAGGUUAAACCCAAUCUUCAUCUCUGGAAGUAAUGUAUUGGUGGGAUGGUCGAAGCUUUGUCAUAGUGGUGUGGAAAAUAAAAACGCGUCGUGGCCUCGUGGGGUCUGUCUGUGUGCUUGUGGCCGAUUAAUUAUGAUGAGAUGAUGAUGGUCUAUCACUAAUUCCAAUUCAAGCAUCGACGUUAACGACUUAAAAGUAAUAAUUUCCCAAGUCUUCGAAUCUCAACGUGUAAUGCAAUCUUCCACACACACUUUUUCCUUAAAAAUCUUUUUAGGUAAUCGAAAUAUCAUGAAGUUCGAUUCA